GAUUUCCGUCAGUCGUCAACGAACAAAGCAUUUAUUGCCAGCAUUCCUGAUGGCGAUUACGAAGUGGUUCAUCCAUUUCAAAUUCGCGAUAAAAAUGAACGAAUAGGGAUUGAUACGCGAAAUUACUUUUUAAAAGCUGCCGAACAUUAUCAACAUGUGACGAUUGUGAUAAGAAGUAAUGCUGUUGGUAGGAUAAAAUUAGUAUUGGAACGGAAUAAUUUUAUAUUUCUGAAUCGGACCAGUUUUCGAAAGCUUGAUUCAAGUGGAGAGCAUGGAUUUCAACAACGUAUCGAGAACUGUUAUUAUCAGGGUACAGUGGCUGGGGAUUCGUCGUCGUUCGUCGCACUAUCGUCCUGCAAUGGUCUG